UGCUAUGAACUAUUUAAAGCUAGAUCACGCUUUGGACAAUCUCCACCUCAUAAUUUGGAACCACAAGCAUAACCCGUGCAAGGGAAUUCCACCCCAUAUGUUACUGGCCUCAAAGAUUUGAACUAAAGGGGAGCUGCACACGGUCUCAACAGAGCUGCAGCAGAACUUAAAAACCCAAGAGUACUAAAGUAAUAUCCAGUUUUGCUUGUAAGUAAUCAGCAGGGAUGUUGUUACUGGGGAGUUUAAAAGCAACAAAGAGGAAGCAGCUUUUCUGGACAAUGUUCUAUGUUCUGAGCUUGAUGGACAAUAAAGUUUCUGGUGGAAACAACCACAGCUCAUCAGUCACUACUUCACCUUCAGCGAUGAAUGCUACUAUCACCAGUGUAACACCAGCAAUAACAACUGUCACUCUCACAGAAACGAUGGAGCCUAAAACUAUUUCACCAACACCAGAAGGAAAAGCAAGUACUACUGAAAUGACCAAAGUGACUGAAGACACCAGCCCUGCGACUUCCGCAGGACCCACCCAAACACACAUGGCUGUGUCAGACCAGUCAGUGUCAGUGAAAACAUCUCCCGAUUCACAGCCGAACACAUCACAUGCUCCUUUCAGCACGACAGCACAAGCCAUGACUUUGGAAAUGGUUUCGACAGCCACUACUACUGUCCUCACAGAGCAAACUUCCCACUCAGCUACCACAGGACCCCCACCUAGUAGCACAGUGAAGCCCUACGACACCUCUGCUUGUCAGAAUAUUAAACAUGUGAAGAAGCCCAAAGUGAUCUGCUUGCAUCUCAGUGAGCCCGACACAUGUAAUAAUUUUCUAAAGACAAAGGGAGCAAAUUUAAGUAUGGUGAUUUGUGACACAACCUCAUCCUACAAUCACGUCUCUUCUCCCCCAUGCCACAUUGAACUCGCCAAAUCUGAGGUGGAUCCUUCCUGCAUGCUGCUCAUUCAGGCUGGCAUUAAAGAUGCAGAUGCAAUAGACAAGCUCCUCCAAGUACGGCAGCCUGAUCUAAUGAAGAUUGGAAUAAAAUCCCAUCAACUGGAGAGUAUUGGACGCCACCAGAACAUUCCCCGGAACACGCUGAUUGCCUUGGUCACAUCUGGACUCUUGCUGGCGUUUCUGAGUUUGGCUGGAUACUUCCUUAUGAAACGACGGAGUUGGAGCCCCAGGGGAGAGAGGCUGGAUGAAGACCUCUAUUACACUGAAAACGGUAGCCAGGGAAAUACAGGGAUCACCGUGGCCUCCCAAGAGCACUCCGAGCCGCAGGAGAAGCCAAAUCUCAACAGAGGGGCUCAGAAGAAUGGGACUGGACAGGCAUCCUCAAAAAAUGGACAUUCAGCCAAGCAGCACAUUGUGGCUGACACUGAACUGUGAAAUGUGCCAGGGGGACUGUCUUAUUAUCAUGAUUUGAAGGGGGGUGGGGGAGAAGAGACAGGAGCAGGGGGUAAGGGAGAGAUUAUCCCUUGGAUGGCUGGGAAAAUAUAACCCUUUUUUAUCUGAAGAACUCCAAAGUCCCACUCUGUGGGACUUUGUACACUGUGCUGUACAGUGUUGACCUAUCCUAGCAAGGAGCUUCUAGGGGUUAAUACAGGGCUAGGGUUGUGGGCUAGGAUUCUUUGCUCUUCCUUUAGCAGAAGAGAAUGGGAUGUGAUCAGCAGUCAAACCACCCAAGCAAGGGCUGGGGAAGAUAUUUGGAAAUUCAGAGCUAUGUCAGCUUUGUAAGAAAUUGGCUUGAUACUGAUUUUACUUGGAAGGGAAGGGAGCAGGGAGGGAGUUUAAUUCUUCAUGAGCAGAUGGAGCAUUUUACUGUCUCUUGUUAAAGACACAUGCUAUUAACCUAGCUUCCAGGCCUCCCAGUGGAGAAUCAGGGGCUGUCUGCGUGAGAGACACUUCCAAAAAGUGGGAAAAUGGCCUCCCCUUACCAUCCUCUGAACUACAAAAGUGAAUGCCCCAAAACUGCAAGUCCCAUCCAUGUACCACUACUCUGGUUCAGUGCUCUCAUUGUUAUAUGUAAAAAAUAAGGAGUGCUAUAUAGCAACUGAAUUGCUUCUAAUGAGAUAUGGGCUCAAGCCAGAAAAACAUGGAUCCAGAUUACAAACAACUCAAAUUCCAGCAGGGGCUUGGGCCCAUUACAAUAUAGGGAUCUGGGGUCUGACUACCAUCACCUCCGAAGUUGUAAUGUCUUUCGCUGUGAUAGUUUGGUUUAGCCUCAUCUUUGUAUUUAAGUGCAGCCUUUUCCUCUCUCAGCAACAUUAGUAAGUUAAUGCCCCUUCUUGUGCUUUAUAUCCUCUUAGGCCUUGGCUACACUGGUGCUGUACAGCGCUGCAACUUGCUGCGCUCAGGGGUGUGAAAACGCCCCCCCCCCCCCCCGAGCGCAGCGAGUGCAGCGCUGUAAAGCACCAGUGUAAUCAGCGCCUGCAGCGCUGCACGCUCGCUCGCGGAGCUGCAAGCUAUUCCCCUCGGAGAGGUGGAGUACUUGCAGUGCUGCAAGAGAGCUCUCGCAGCGCUGGCGGCGCGACUACACUCGCGUUUCACAGCGCUGCCGCGGCAGCGCUGUGAAUCCCCAAGUGUAGCCAAGGCCUCAAUGUUUAAUGCUCUUGUGGAACUUGUAUGUAAAGCUUUCCAGGUGGAGUCUGGUAUUGAGAUGUGAAUAGACUUGGAGUUGAAUUACUAUCUCUCCCCCGCAUCCCUCAGCAUGUGUAUAGUUGUUUUGCAGUGAAUCCUCUGGUAUCUGGCUCCUAUAGACUGGAGGCACUAGUUGAAGGUGAAGGGAGUGAUCAAUCUCUGUGUGUGUGUGUGUACAAGAGCAUAUGACACUGCUCUAGACAACUCACCUCACUUUGAGUGCUUGCAACAGUAUUGUCAAGCCACGUGGAAGGAGUUGGCAUUGUUACCCACCAUGAGGCCUUGGAAAUAUGUAGAUAUCAAAGCAUUCCUAAAAGAAUCCAAAAAAUUGUCAUAAAGAAAAGAAACCUCAGUCCUGCUAAUAGAUGUUUGGCCUUCCCUAGUAAUAGGGGGUUGUAUAUAAAAAAACAAAAACAUACAGGGAAAGAUUUUCACUCUUAAGAACAAAGAAAAGGCCUCUCAGCAACACUGAAGUGUUAAGGCCAGGAGCAAUCUCUACCUCCUCGUGAGCUUGAGAUUGUUCUCUUGGAAAAAGUGGUUUAAGCCAAGCCCAUUCUGUGUGGGUCAGGAGUCACAUAUCAUUCAGUAAAGGGUGAAGUCCAACAGACCUACUUAUGUCACGUAGGAUGGAGCCAGUCCCCAUGAAUAUUUGCUGCCUGUAGCCUGUGUGGUUCCUGGUCUCCUGACCAGGCAGGCCACAAUUUGGCUAGUUGCAGGUGGAGGCCUCUAUCAGUAGGACUAGUGUUGUUGUAGCAGCUACAGCCCUGCCCUGGGCACAGCCUUGCGGGAUGUGGGAGCAGGUAUGUGUAAAGGGAAAAGAAAUUUAAUUGAAGAAAGGGGACUGGCUGGCUCACUGACUUUCACCUCUAUGUCACGGAUUCCAAUGAAGCCCAGGUUGGUGGUUGACCAAAGACAUUGCUAUAUGAUCCAUGUAUUGGUGGCCCGUGUACAAUGAGUAGGGGACACACCAUCACCAUUGGCAUUAACAGACUCCAUUCUUGGCAGCUUUGGCAUUGGGGCUGAGGACUAAUAGGACUGGAAAACUGACAUACCCUCUCACUACUAAAGGUUAUUGCCAUUCCUUGUCAAGACUGAGGGCUGGUCCCCACUUAGUCCGGACUUCGGACUAAGGUACGCAAAUUCAGCUACGUUAAUAACGUAGCUGAAUUUGAAGUACCUUAGUCCGGACUUACCGCGGUCCAGACGCGGACGGAAGUCUCCCCCCGUUGACGCCGCGUACUCCUCUCGGCGAGCUGGAGUACCGGCGCCGACUGUGAGCACUUCCGGGAUCGAUCCGGGAUCGAUUUAUCGCGUCUUAACCAGACGCGAUAAAUCGAUCCCAGAACAUCGAUGGCGUGCCGCCGGACCAGCCGGUAAGUGAAGACUAGGCCUGAGACUCACAGGUGCCUGGGAUGUGGGGACAGGCUGCUUUCUGCCUCAUCAUACUGUGCUUAGUGAGAAGGAUUUCAAUUUCUGUCAAUCAGGCCCUUUUUACCAGCACUAAAGUCAAGUAAAAAUACAAAAACUAUUGAUUUUAAGUUUUGUUUGUUUUCUUUUUUACAACCAGAUCUGUAAAUACUGUCAGUAAAAAGUGCUGAGAAUUGAA